CCGUGCUCCUCUUUCAGGCGUGGGCAAGUCAUGUCUCCUCCUGCAGUUCACGGACAAGCGGUUCCAGCCGGUGCACGACCUCACCAUAGGUGUGGAGUUUGGGGCCCGUAUGGUCAACAUUGAUGGAAAACAAAUCAAACUGCAAAUCUGGGACACGGCUGGGCAAGAAUCCUUCCGUUCUAUCACCCGUUCCUACUACAGGGGAGCAGCUGGAGCACUGCUAGUAUAUGACAUCACAAGGCGUGAAACCUUCAACCACCUGACCUCCUGGUUAGAGGAUGCCCGGCAACACUCCAGCUCCAACAUGGUUAUCAUGCUGAUUGGGAAUAAGAGUGACUUAGUCCGUAGGGAUGUGAAGAGAGAAGGAGAGGCCUUUGCCCGGGAGCAUGGACUUAUCUUCAUGGAAACUUCAGCCAAAACAGCCUGCAAUGUUGAAGAGGCCUUCAUUAACACAGCCAAAGAAAUAUAUAGGAAGAUCCAGCAGGGUUUAUUUGAUGUCCACAAUGAGGCGAAUGGCAUCAAGAUUGGUCCUCAGCAGUGUAUUUCAACAUCAGUAGGACCCAGUGCCUCCCAGCGGAGCUCUAAUGAAAUAGGGUCCAACUCUGGCUGCUGCUGAGUAUCUGGCCUGGACUCUUUUUGUCCUUCCUGGAACAACUUCAGAUCAAUAGGCUUAAAGAAAGAGGUCUUAACUUGCUUUGGCUGAGAAAAGCCUCUUUUCACGGUGUGAUGUUUUGCCUUUCCACAUAAAGACCAGGGAAGAAUUUGGGCCCUACUGACCUGUCCUCCUUCAGGGACGUGAGCAUUCCCUAUAGAUUAGGGCUCUUCUCAUCCUCCUAUUUUAAUUUCUAGAAUGUUAGGAUCAAACUUGAUUGUCAUGGUAGCUCAAAAAUAAAUUCUUUUAUAAGCAUAUACAAUUCGCUCCCCACUAAGAAUUGGUAAUGAGGGCCUAGGACAUUCUACUUGAGCACUUGAUUUUACUGGGAUCUGGCUGGCCUUUGGGAUGGUGGAUCCUGAAUCUAGGAGUUUCAUGGAUUGUUUUCACUUGCCACUUUGCAAGUGUUCUUGCAGAAGGCAGUUUCUUCUCUUAAACUGUUCAAGGAUGCUGAAUACUUCUCUACCAUUUCAUUGCUAGUUUCUCUGUCUCCGAGUAACUAAAACUUUUGAGAGCAGUGGAGUUACUCCUGGACAUGUGCCACUUACCAUCAUUACUUAAAGAAAACCUCUUUCCCUGUUUGCUUUAGGGACCAGACCGAACACUGCAGUGUCU